CGUGGCGGCGGGUUGGCCCAGGCGUGGCGGGCGCCGCUCCCGCCGGGGAAGCCGGUGCGGCCAUCUUGGUUGAGGGCUGGCGACUAAGCCCCCCGCCCCCCGGAGACCCCGGGGUGGCGUCAUCUGGGCCAAGCUACGUAGGAGCCAAGUUCGUGAGGCCGCGUGGCCGCCAUUUCUUAGGAAGGCGCCCGGUUCUCUGCACCUUCAGCCGCCGCGGGGUCCCCGCAGGGCCGCCCGGGCAGGCGGCCGGGAGCGCGUGCGGCCCGCGGACGGGGCGGCGCCGGCUGUCCCAGCGCCGGCGCUUCUCAUGGCGCCGCCUCCGGCCUCGCUCCCCGCGCAGGAACCCGAGGCGGCCGCGCGCGCGGGGAGGAGCCCCCAGCUCGUGAGCUUCGCGGACGUGGCCGUGUACUUCUCCCCGGAGGAGUGGGGGUGCCUGCGGCCCGCGCAGAGGGCCCUGUACCGGGACGUGAUGCGGGAGAACUACGGCCACCUGGGCGCGCUCGGGUUCCGCGGCACCAAGCCGGCCCUCAUCGCCUGGGUGGAGGAAGAGGCUGAGCUGUGGGGGCCAGAUGCCCGAGAUCCGGAGCUGGGAGCGUGUCUGACGGAAGAGGACGCGGAUUCCAGAAACAAGGAAGAGAAAGGACUACGAGAAGGCACCGGGGCCCUGGAGAAGAUCCUUCCUAUGGACGCUCAGUCUCUGGGGCGGAAGGCUCUCAAACCCCCUUCUGCUGGUCUCCCUUACAGUUUGGAGCAGCUAUCCAAGGUGCCUCACCGGGGUCGCCCCCCACUCUUUGCCCAUCCCCCUGUCCCAAGGGCAGACCAUCGUCAUGGUUGCUACCUGUGUGGGAAGAGCUUUGCCUGGCAUUCCACUCUGGUGGAGCACCUGUACACCCACACGGGGGAGAAGCCCUUCUCUUGCCCCGACUGUGGCAAGAGCUUUGGCCAGUCCUCCUCCCUGAGAAAGCACCUCGCCAUCCACCGCGGGGAGCGGCCCCACCGCUGCCCGGACUGUGGCCGGGCCUUCACGCAGCGCUCUGCCCUCACCACCCACCUGCGGGUCCACACGGGGGAGAAGCCCUACCGCUGUGCUGACUGCGGCCACCGCUUCAGCCAGAGCUCUGCCCUCUACCAGCAUCAGCGGAUCCAUAGUGGCGAGACCCCCUUCCCUUGCCCAGACUGUGGCCGUGCUUUUGCCCAUGCCUCAGACCUUCGGCGCCACGUGCGCACCCACACAGGCGAGAAGCCCUACCCGUGCCCGGACUGUGGGCGCUGCUUCCGGCAGAGCUCCGAAAUGGCAGCCCACCGGCGAACCCACAGCGGGGAGCGCCCCUACCCCUGUCCUCAGUGCGGCAGGUGCUUUGGCCAGAAGUCGGCCAUGGCGAAGCACCAGUGGGUCCAUAGGCCUGGUGCCGGGAGACACAAGGGCCAGGGUGCCAGUGGGUUGCCUGUGCCCCUGACCCCUGGCCCUGGGGACCUGGACCCACCUGUGAGCUUCCAGCACUACCCAGAGAUAUUCCAGGAGUGUGGGUGAUGGCCUCAAAAAUGAGAAGACAAAGAGUGAAGAGCUAAACAUUUCCUGAGGCCCAAGCUGGGAUCAGUACUGAACCUCUGGGGGCUCCAGGGAGGUCGUAGAAUGCCUUGUAAGAGCUGGACCUGGGGGACGAGGCCCAUCAUAUUUUAGGCCUCUCCAGCUUGACAGGGGAACACCUCCGUCUCUGCUGGCCUAGACUCUAGAAGCCCCUUUGCUGAGUUAGGACUGAGGUAAGACCCCCGGUGACCUCCGCUGUGGGAAGAAAAGGCCGUUUCUCAGAUGUGUUAAGAGGACUGAGGUGGAAGAGAACCUUGUUUACCCGUUUGCCUUUUCACUGCAUCAUGGUGGUGGGCACACCCACCCUAGACCCAACCAGGAGGGCCUCAUUCACUGCACUGAAUCUGGCCUGCAGCUCUUUUAUUUUUUGGUCUAGUCAGAAUUUUAUUUUUAUUUUUUUGUAAUUAGCCAGUUCUUAUUUAUUUUAUUUUUUUAAUUUAAUAAAUUUUUAUUGUUCAGAU